ACAGGGGUGUCCGGAACCAUUGGGUCCGACUAAUUCCCUGUGUCUGUGAGAGCCCCGCCCCAAGGUUCACAGCGCGUUAGCUCUCCCGGGGGUCGAUCCAGUGACCUGCCCCUAAAGAGGGGACUACGGAAACCAGUCGAUCUGCCCGGGGGGCUGCAACAGGCUACUUGAGUGGACUGAUUUGAAGUUCAAAAACAGAACAACAUCUUUCAAAUCUCCAGUUAUCUAUUUUGACUUCACUGAUUUGAAACCUCCAGUGAUAUGUUCAUCUACAAGUUAGCUGGAACCACCAUGAAUGCAGCUAGGAUCUUUCUUCGUUUCCAAGAUUUAUCAUACAAGGGUUUUAAUCUGCAGUGAGAAACUUCAUUCCAGGUCUUAGAGAGGUUCUUUUCUUUCCCUCUUCUUUGAUGAUCUAAUAUACGUUUCUCAUCUUGGAGAACAAAGAAUCAGCAAGUAUCCUAUCAAGGCAAUGGAAUUAUCACAGAUUUUUUUGCUUAUUUUGUCGCUGGUUCUUUUUGUAUAUCUGUAUAUUUGUAACCUCAGUCUGAGAGAUAAAUCUCUUGUUGCAAUCGGCAAAUUUGCUUUUAAAAACCCAAGGCUUCCACCAGGCAGAACAGGCUGGCCUCUUGUAGGUGAAACUUUGGAGUAUUUCUCCAAAAUUCAACAGGGUGUCCUUGAAAAGUUUGUAACAGAGCGGAGGAACAAGUACUCCUCCAAGAUUUUCAGGACAUCAUUGAUAGGUUACCCCAUGGCUAUCUUAUGUGAUGCUGAGGGAAACAAAUUUCUGUUCUCUAAUGAGAAUAAAUUUGUCAAGCAUUGGUGGCCAAGCACAAUUGACAAGCUCUUUCCCAAGUCAAAUAAUAAGCCUAACACUGAGCACACAAAAGCGUUGCAUAAACUCCUGACUUUCAUUCUCAAGAAAGAUGUUUUACGAGCAUAUGUUGGUGUCAUGGAUGCAAUAAUGAAGCAGCAUUUGCAGAUCUAUGCCGAGUGCAAACUAGUGAAGAUUGGUGAUAUGGCGAAAACGUACAUAUUCAAAUUGGCAUGCAUUACAUUCUUAGGCAUCGACAAUCAGGGAAAGAUUGAUGAGCUUGAAAAGGGUAUAAAAGAGAUAGCAACUGGUCUUCAUUCAAUGCCAUUAAAUUUUCCAGGAACAGCUUUGAAUCGUGCCAUCAAAACAUCGAAGCUGAUGCGGGAAGAGUUUGAGUCAAUGAUUAGGCAAAGAAAGGUUGAUCUUUCGGUGCAUAGUUCAUCUUCAGCAAAGGACUUCGUGUCACACAUGCUUUUAGCAACAGAUGAUGGUGGCCAGUUUUACAGCGAAGCCGACAUAGCUUGCAUUUUAGUAGGUUUAUUGCAAGGUUCCUACACAACCGUUCACAACACAAUUACUAACAUCAUGAUGUAUCUUACAGAGUUUUCUGAUGUUUAUAACUCGGUCCUAAGAGAGCAAAAAGAAAUUGCAGAUCUAAAGGAGCCAAAUAACAUAUUAUGUUGGGAGGAUUUGAAGAAGAUGAAGUAUUCAUGGCAAGUUGCAUGCGAAGUUUUGAGACUAAAACCACCAGUACAUGGGGCAUUCAAAGAAGCUAUCACUGACUUCAACUAUGCAGGAUAUACAAUUCCAAAAGGAUGGAAGAUUCAUUGGAUCGCACACGCCACACACAAAAACCCUGAAUACUUUCCUGACCCUGAUAAGUUUGAUCCAUCAAGAUUUCAAGGUGAUGGUCCAGCUUCUUACAGUUUUGUCCCAUUUGGGGGUGGAGCACAUAUGUGCCCUGGAACCGAGUAUGCAAGACUUGCAAUACUCAUUUUUCUGCAUAAUGUGGUGAACAAGUAUAGAUGGGAAAAACAAAUUCCUGAUGAGAAAGUACUACAUUAUCCAUACCCAAGACCGGCUCAUGGACUUCCAGUUCACCUUUAUCCUCACAAGCCUUAAAUUGUCCGUAACUGUUCUUAUUUGAUUGUCCAUUUCCUUUCUUCUCUUUCUUUUUUCUUUCCCUCUCGGCUCAGAAAGUGAGAUGUAAAGGGCCAGUUGUUACCCCAAGAAGGCAUUAACUACACUUAAUUCUUGUCUUUUCUUGAUCUGUAGGAUGCAUAUCUAGCAACUAGCAACUAGCAACUCAAUAGUCGUUACUUGUCAAUCCACUGUCUCCUUUUGUACAAUCAUGAGUUUGACCCUUCAGCACAACCGUCAGCUUACGGAAUAAUUAAAUGUUUUGUGAAUGCUGAUAAAAAUUGGAAG